UGCAAUCACGUGGUGUGACACGGACGGCCAUGUUUCCGAAACACAAACAACAAGAAGAGCAGCGACUAGGAGCCAGCAGACACACUGAUACGCAGCAGCGACCGUAGGAGGAGAGGGAAAAUAAUAAAUAAAACACAGAGCACGACUUUCUUAAAGUACGAUUCUGUCGAAUGAACGUUUACAGAGAUUAAAGAGACCAAUGCAUACGUUUUAUUGGCCGUAGACAUACCGUGCAGACAGGCAGUCUGAUAACUAUAAACAGUAAAGUGGUGCAAAAGGAGGAGGACAGGAAAUAGAGGAGUUACCUAGAGGGUCUCCGUCGAUCCACAUUUCAGCUGGAGCGAGAGAACGAGGCACGGAGGGGGAGAGAGAAAGGAGAGGACGAGCGAGAGUCGCGUCUGCUCUUGGCAGCUGUUCCAGCAGCCUGUUUCAUUGUUUUGGCUGUUAUUUUGUUCCUGCGUUAUCUUUUUGAUGAAUCAGUUCAUAUUUUUAACUUCAAUGUGAUAUAUAACUGCUGUUGUUUAAAAAAAGAAAAACAUUACUAUUGAGUGUUUUAUUUCGUUCCAUCAUUCAAUUCCAAGGUUUUUUUCUUUUUUUCUUUUCUUUUUUAACAACCUUUUUCGGCUGUGAGUAGCACGAGCUUCCAUUCUCCAAACUAUCGUCGAACCCCAUUCUUACCUAGUAGGACCUGAUAACCUGGUAUUCCUCAAGCACCUGAAACUGGCAGCUAUUCUCUUUGUGUCUGUGUGUUUGGGGAGCUCUGUGACCACAGCUAAAGCACCACUCAGCCUUCUAGUCACCUAAGCCUAACUGAAGCCAGCCAGCCCUAGCCCAGUCCAGCCUGCUCCGAUCAUUUGGACAGGAUACUCAGUUCUUUGAGGACGUGAGGAAUAUGACUGCUGAGACUCUUAACUUCGGCCCAGAAUGGCUCCGUGCACUGUCCAGUGGGGGGAGUGUGACAUCCCCCCCUCCUUCCCCCGCCAUGCCAAAGUACAAGCUGGCCGAGUACCGCUACGGCCGAGAGGAGAUGUUAGCACUUUAUAUCAAAGACAACAAGGUCCCAGAGGACAUGCAGGAUAAGGAGUUUGCUGCUAUUCUGCAAGAUGAGCCCAUGCAGCCACUGGCACUGGUGCCUCUCACUGAGGAGGAGCAGAGGAACUUCUCCAUGUCUGUGAACAGUGUGGCAGUGCUGAGGCUCAUGGGUAAAGGAGUUGGUGGGGCCACCCCGGCUGGAGUGGUCAGAGGACGAGGGGCCACACGAGGAGGUCGAGGCCGAGGCCGUGGUGAAGGUGGAUUCUACCAAAGAAGUAUUGAAGAUGCAGAGGUGGGGUUCGGCCGCAGCGUCCGAGAGAUCCACCGCAGCCAGAGCUGGGAUGACCGGGGUGAGCGUCGCUUUGAGAAGCCGCUGCGUCGGGAGGUGGGGCGUCCCGGCUUCGAGGAGUCCGGAGGUCCCGGGGGCCCAGGGAGGAAGGAGUACACAAGGGCCGACAGCGAUAACUGGCGCACCCUCCGGGAGGAGCAGGAUGAGGAGGAGGGGGAGCCGGGCAGCAGCUGGAGACUGGCUGGACCCCGCAGGGAUGAUGGUGGUCCUCGCUCAGCGGGCUGGCGGGACCAUGGCGGUCCAGGCGAGAGUCGCCGCAGGAAGUUUGAUUUUGAUUUCCGGGAUUCUGAUGGUCAUGGUGGUGGCCGCCGGCGUGCGGGAAGCGAGGGCCUGGAGGAUGACAGGGACGGCCUGCCUGAGUGGUGCACAGAUGAGGAGGACGGGGAAAUGGGCACCUUUGACUCCUCUGGAGCCUUCAUGCCCAUUAAGAAGGGUGGCAAGGAGACAAUCCUGGAGGAGGAUCUGGAAUUCCAAGGGAUUGAGGAGGAGGAAGAAGAAGAGAGCCUUGCUGACACUGAGAGGAACAACACUGGAGGAGACAAAGACAAAGAGAGUAAAGAAGCGGGCUCUGCUGUUGGAGAUGGUGAGGCAAAGCCAGCAUCACCCUCCUCUCCCACGGCCCACUCUGCCCCUCCUGCCCCGGAGGCCCAGCCCAGCGCCAGUGGCCCAGUGGUGGACACCCCUCAGCUGAGCAACAGCCACCCCGUCAAGGCCAGCAGCAUGCCAAGUGAAGACGUGGCUCCAGCAGGGGGCUCCAAGGCCCAGCUAAGCCCAAGCUCUGCCGCGACUUCCUCUAGUCUGCCUUCCCCCCCUCCAUCCUCUGCUGCUCCUCUCCUCCCUCCAUCUGGAGGAGACACCGAGGACGAUGAGGGCAUGAAGCACCUGCAGCAGGAGGCAGAGAAGAUGGUGGCAUCACUGCAGGACACCUCUCUGGAGGAGGAGUGUUUCACCCAGGCCCUGCAACAGCAGCAGGAGAGCAGGAACACAGCUGCCGCCCUGCCGCUGUCACAUGAGGCCGCCAUGAAGUGGUUCUACAAGGACCCCCAGGGAGAGAUCCAGGGUCCGUUCACCACGGUGGAGAUGUGUGAGUGGUUCCAGGCCGGCUAUUUCACCAUGACCCUGCUGGUGAAGCGGGGCUGCGACGAGGGCUUCCAGCCCCUGGGGGAUGUCAUCAAGAUGUGGGGCCGCGUACCCUUCGCCCCGGGGCCCUCCCCGCCGCCCCUGCUGGUGAGACAGCCACCACCACCGCAGCGCCCGCAGCCCACCCGGGGGCCCGCCGGGACUGGAAACCUGGACCAGGAGCGCCUGAAGAAGCAACAGGAGCUGGCAGCAGCAGCUCUUUAUCAGCAGCUCCAACAGCAGCAGCUAUUGCAGCUCAUUAAUAGGUGCAGUGAGCAGGGUAUGAUGCCUCCGAUCAAUCGAUCGAUGUCUGUGCCAGAUACAGGGUCCAUGUGGGACAUGCAUACCUCAGCUUCACAGCCGUCAGGCGGUGAGGCCAGUCUUUGGGACUUAACAAUGAAUUCUUCUACUCAGGGUCCAACUCUCGAACAGCUUCAAAAGCUCCAGCAGGAGAGGCGAGACGCUGAACUCAGGGCGAAGCGUGAGGAGGAGGAGCAGCGUAAGCGGAGGGAGGAGAAGAGGAGGCAGCAAGAGGAGCAGAAGAGGAGGGAGGAGGAGGAGAUCUUCAGACGCAAGCAGUGUCGUCAGCAGCAGGAGCUAAUCAUGAAGUUGCUCCAGCAGGCCCCCCAGCAGCAGGGGCCUGGAGCAGGUGGUUCAGGCUGGAGCGGGGCUCCCUCUUCCGGGCUGGCCAAGCCAGGAAAACCGUCAGCUCUGGUGCUGCUGGAGAUGCAGCAGGAAGCAGAGCGGCUCCUGAAGCAGCAGCAGCAGCAGCAGCAGAGAGCCCAGCAGCAGAGAGACCGCCAUCCUGGCAUGUCGAUGGGAGGCUCUUCCAUGGGAGGGCAGUGGGUGGACGGUGUUGGCAUGUGGGGCGGUCCUGGUGGUAUGGAGGGUAAGGCUGGCAGCGGGGGCUCUGCAGGCGGCAUGGGCAUGUGGGACGAGGCAGUGAAGAACCAGGCCAGUCUGCGUGGCAACAGCAACAACAACAUGGGCAUGAAGAACAGCCGCAGCAGCCCCUCUCUCAGUGAUCAGUACAUGAUGCGUCGUAAGCGGACAGAGGAGGAGGAGAAGCUGCUGAAGCUGCUGCAGGGCAUGAAGCCUCAGGACGGCUUCACCACCUGGUGUGAACAGAUGCUGCACGCCCUCAACACCUCCGCCAACAACUCCUCCUCCUCUGUGGAUGUUGCCACAAUUGUGGCGUACCUGAAGGAGGUGGAGUCUCCCUAUGCUGUGCUGGACUUCAUCCGGUCCUACCUAGGGGACACUGUGGAAGCCAAAGAGUUCGCCAAACAGUUCCUGGAGCGACGUGCCAAACAGAAAGCCAACCAACAGAGACAGCAGCAGCAGUUGUCAAAGGAAGUGGCUGGACUGAACAUGAACUUCCCUCUGCAGGACUCGAUGCGGGGUAUGAACCCCAACACCCUGCAGUCCAUGUUCCAGGCCACUCAUAUGGGCAAGGCUGGUCUCUAUGACAACCAGGGAGGAAAGAUGAAGAAGAAACAGCCCAUGAUGCUGCACUCUGACCCCAGCAUCUUAGGGUACUCAUUCCACAACACGGGCGAGUGUCUGAGCCUGAAUGAGAUGGAGAUGGUGGAGGAUUAUUGAUGUGACGCAGCGCAGCAGCAAUAGCUACCUGAGGCCUUCUGUCUUUUAAUCAGACAAACCUGAUGACGAAUGUGCACUGCUGGGGGAACCGGGGGGAGGGAGGGGGAGGCGGGGAGGGGAUGGGAAUUGGGAGCAGAGCGGAGCGUGAGGGAGGUGCGGGGUGGAGGCGCCUGGAUCUGCGCCUCCCACCCUUUCCCUCUCUCAGGAGAGAAAAAAGGGCUCCCUGCUGCACCAGUUGAUCACUUGAGCAGGGGAGAGGGGGUGAGGCGGGUGGGGGGCAAGGUUAAAAGCAAGAUGGGUAUCCUCUGGCACUCAAAAGAUUAAGCACCUUAUACUGAACUAAUGCACUUUAUUGAGAUGGGAUUUGAAUAGGGUUUUUUGUUUUUUGUGUGUAGUAUCAGUGCACAUAUGGUCUGUGUGUAUUUGACGUACACAAUUCCGUAUGUGCACGAGUGGGAAUCGCAACUGGAAGGGGGGCGGUGAAGCAAAGUCGGUGGGUUGGACGGUGAGGCUGGUAGGUUUUCAAAGUCAGGGGGACCUUUUUUAGUUGAAACCUUAUCAGAAAGCAAAUCCUUUCUCAAAAGACAAACACUGUUGAUAUUUCUCUCUUGUUUAGCAUUUUUUUUUUACGUUUAUAUAAAAAGUAAAGCUAUUGAAAAACGGAUUAUAAAAAACUUGAAGAUUUGCACUUGCCUAAAAAAUGAAUAAGAAAAACAACAAAAAAAAUCAAAAACAAAUGGGGUUAGUUAUAGAGAUGAAUAUUUUUGUGAAUGUGUAUGAGUGACUGAGAGAGAGAUUGUGUGAUGGUUGGUUCGUAUCAGUAAUAUACCAGUCUGCACAAUGUUUUUUUUUUCAUUGCUUACCAAGAUGUAUGAAACAUAAGAUGCCAUUUUUUGUCUUUUUGUUCAAAUGAUAAUUUUGUAUUCUCAUGUGUAGAAGGUGUGUGUUCCUCUUCCAAACGAGGACUUGCUUUUUUGUAUGUUUUGAGAGUGAGUGAGUUAGUGAAUGAGAGAGAGGGAGAGAGGGCAAUUGCACAACACAUCCUUUCUCUCACCAGCUCUUCAUCCCCAGAUAGACGUAAUAGAAAUGCAUACAUUUGUAAAUGUUAGCUUUGCGCUCAUCAUUUGAUGACCACCACUCGUUUGUUUGUAUUUCCCUUGGCUUCUCCCCUCGGGGAGCUGUCUGCAGGCCUGUGAGGACUGGCAGACAGGGCAAAUCAUGAGGGACAUUACUGUGUGAGACUGUGAGAGCAUAUGUGUGUGUGAGAGCAUGUUCAUUUACUGUUCAUAGAAAUGAGUUGAGACUACAGGUACUCAUUUGUAUGCAUGUGCUUUUUUUGUAUGUGUAUGAAUGCACAUUUGUGCCUAAGAACUUGGAUAGGGUGCGUGGCCAUUGAGACAUUAACUCUUUAGAGAGCGAGUGUGACCUGUGUCAGUGCUCAGCACAGUGUAUGUAAUGUAUGUAACUUUAUAUCGUAAAUAUUUCUAGUUUAGUCUGGGGGUGAUCCAUCGGAAGGUUAGUCCAGUCUGUUUUCCUGGGGUGUGAUCACGUUGCCUUUUGUCAGCUCUCGAACUUGUGAAUGAAAGGUGUCGAGUUUCUGACUCUGCUAAAAACAAAACAACAAAAAAAAAACAACAAAAAAAUACAGCAUCUUAAUGUGCGAGUGCACAGGAUGGUGCAUGAAAUGUUAGCAUAUUGUGUUACUUAUUCGUUGUUGCAAUUUGAUAAUGACGAGUUUUCUUUUUUAAUGAAAAAUAUAUAUGAAUAUAUACAUUAUAUACAAAGUUUAAAAAGUAUUUGGACUAAGAUUAUGAGCACUUGGGGCUGCUAUUUUUGUUUAUUUGUUAAUUUUUUUCCUUAAUUUUUUUUUUCAUUUGUUUCAUUACCGCCAUGUGAAGUGUGUUUGUAUUAUUUCUUUCUUAAGAAAAUAUUGAAUGUAUUCCAAAAAAAUGACAAGAAAACCAUGCUGAUACCAGAUUUGUUUUUCCUCAAAAGAUUUCAAAAAAGGAAACAAACGUACAAAAAAAAAAGCUUCAAAGAGUUUAGCGAGGUCUUUUUUUUUAUUUACACAAAGGAGAAUAAAAAAGAACUCGGGAUGGAUACAGUUGAACACACUGCCUCUACAAUCCUGGUCGUACAAACGAUGACUAUGAAUUUAAAGAAAGGACUCUUUAUAUUCCAUACUGGAGCUUUGGUUGUUUACAAACCACAUGGAUUUCUGUGGGUGCAGUUUUGUUUUUCCUUGAAUUUUUUUCUUUUUCUUUUUUCUUUUUUUUUUUCGUCAGAUGGGUGGGGUUUGCAAGUGCGCUUCUGCCAUAUGGACAUUGAGUGGUGUUGGUUUUUGAGGAAGAGUGGCAUGGCAUCACAAUAAGACAAGAUCCUCAAACUGGACCUUUUGCAUGGUCGCGGAUCCUGAGACUUUAUGAUCAACCAAGGAGCGGAGGAGAAAUAUCAAAGAUUGUCUUUAUUUUGUGGAGAGUGGAGUGCAGGGCGACACCUAACCCUGGAGGGAACUGAGUGGGCAGUAUGGGUACACCUGGUCAGUGCACUUGUCCUCACGUCAACCCUCAUAAGCACUCACCCUGCCCUCACCAACUCACCUAUGCACUUUUGUUCAUUCAAGCUGUGAGGUACCAUUUUGGGGAUGGGAGCACAAUUACAACAGGAGGAUCGCUUUGACUUUGACGAAGUCACUGAAAAAGAGAUAUUCCCAAACUGAAAAAAGAGACUAGAGAAGCCUGUCUUCUUCCACCUCCUGUACAUAACCAUAUUUUUGUAUUACCUUUCAGAGGAAAAAAAGAAAAAGGUUUGCAAACGGAUGAAGGAAAAUUCAUGAGACAUUGACUAUAAGGAGUGAAUGUUCUUCAAGAAAACCAAUCUUUUUGAAUAUAGCUUGAGACUAAAUUUGUGGAUUUCUCAUAGUUUGCCAGUCACCCUGCAAUUAUCAGGGAGGGGAAGGAAAACCACAUGGACAUGGACUGAGGUUCGGGACACGCUAAAGUGGCUCCAAGACUGACUGAUAGUUAUUUAUCAGAAUGGCUGCUGCAACAGCUACAGACUGCCCGGCCUGGAGUGUUUGAUCAACAGACGUGGUAAAUGGAGGCAGAGGAGGGGAGGUCCGAAGGGUUGUUGGGAAGGACAACUGUCUCGGACUUCUGCUUUGUCGCCAAGCCUGCUGCCUGCCUGGAGAGCAAUACUGUGACAUAAGAAGAACCCUUGGCAUCGGACUCCAGCUGCUUUUGAUUUACGAGGAGGAUCUACAGCCAACCCAUGAACCAGUGAACCCGAGUGCCUGCCCUUUGAACUGAAAUCCCAAGACCUUUUGGGUCUUGACCUUUUGAAGGCGCAGGCCAUCGACAUUGCCAAUAAACCAGAUGCAGUUUGGUGUUUAUCGACAGUGGAUGCCAUCAGUGCUGGAACUGCUCGUGUUUUGGGGCUGGAAGAAGAGGACAAAUUCCGCCACAGCGAUAGAGAGGCACCGACUGCUCAGACGGCGUCAUCCACCUCGGCCUGGAACUCUUCGGUAGUCGUGCGGAGGUCUUCUUCCCAGUGAACAGGAGACCUACCCAUCUACCCAAAAGCCAGAGACUGAGGGCUGGGGUCGGGUUUGGGUGCACCUGGCCUGAUGACAUCUAAGCUAGCAGAGAUCCCUGCAGCUGUGGAAGUAGAUGAACUUGAAAGAAUUGUACACAAAAAGACUUCAAGAUGACAUAGACAUGCAUAUAAACAUUCACACAGCUACACGUCCCAGAUUUUCACAACUUAGAUUCUACAGUGGAAAAGAGUCUCUGACACACUACAUGUGCACCCUACAGCAAAAAGCAAUUGACAUUCACUCACAUCGGUAGUUCUCUGGAUCCACAUCUACGCACAUCAAGAGGGGUCGACACCAGUAUCAAAAUAGACACACACCACACCCACAUGCAACAAAGCAAAGCUCAAUAAUAUAAGCCUGAGCGUUUUGCUUAUGUAAAUAAUGUAAAAGUUUGUUUUUGGUUUUUCUCUCCUAGUGGGUUUUGUUUCAGUUAUCUGUUCACAUGCCUUAACUUGUAUAGUUCAGUCCUGGAUGGCUAACUGAAAAUGUUCUGUAAACAAUGACAAAUUUAAGUUAGAAACCACCAUCACCUGUCUUCUAAUCAGAGAGGAACAAGGUCGAAGGAGUGCUCUACAAGGCUGUUUUCUCUUGGCUAACAAAACUGUUGUAUGUCCUGUAUUAACCUGAAUACUGUGUACAUCUGAUCACCAUGGAAGUUACUAGUUAGCUACAGAAUAGAGCAGCAAGCAGUCUUUGAUUAAGGUGAUUUUGGUGGUGGUUUUCAUUUUGUGUUUGCUUUUGUUUUCCUUUAAAUGAAGAGUGGAUUUGUUCAGGUUUCCCGUUUAGAUUAUUGCUGAAGGUGCAGGCUUAACAAAGGGCUGGUCUGUACUGUGCGGAGCUGAGCUGACUGGGUGGGCUGCCCUGAAUUGGCUUGAUAUCACACACGUGUCACAUGAUAACAUUACGGGGUAUUGGAUAUAGCAAUGCAAGAACUACCCUAGAACAGGCAAAGUUGCACCAGUUGCUAGUUUAUCCUCAAAUCACUAUACAUGAUGGGGUUUUUUUGUUGUUUUUUACACUCCCAAUGACUUUAACGUUUUGAAAAAUAAGAUACUUUUACAGAUUAUGAUGUUACGAGAUUAUGACGGUGACUUCUUUCAAAAGACCUGAAAGCGUGAUUCUUGGAGCAGUGUUGCAUGAUUUGAAAUACUUGUGGGUUUGUCACUAAACCUUGAGGUGGAUCAGAAGUUGUUCUAGUUUGCCUCUGUGCUCCAUCUAUGCACUUGGUAGUGUUGAUGUCCAUCUACGUCUGAGGGCCCUGGCCAGAUUUGACAGCGAUCAGUCAGUGGUGUUUAAUCUGAAAUUCAGUUCCACAUGACAUGAGAUUGGAAAGUAUCUUCCCAUCAGUACCUAAUUUAUUUAGAGGAAGGGGAUUGGAGAUAGGAUUCUUUUUGCCAGCCAGUAGUUUUGUCUGUCUUUCUAUUGUUGGCUCAAGAGCGUGUUAAUUCUCAUGGGAUCUGAGCAUCAUUCAAUACCUUCGGCUUAGAUUUCUGUCCUGUAAACUCUGUAAAUUUUGAUUAGAGGAAUUAUUGGACGCCAGUUAUGUGCCAUAUACAAAGUGUGUAAACUGAAGCAGGCACAGUAAGCCCCAGUAUGUGAUGGCUGUUAAAUUGACAGUAAUGGUUCCAAAAUUUCAUGUUGUAAAUAGUGGUCUGACCUGGGGAAUUUGGUCACCUCAGCUGUAUGUCGGAAUGAGGUCAAUUUUCUAUUUGAACAUUUUGUGAUUGGCUUUCAUAAUGCCUGACUUUUUUAGCCAGUAUUUUGUGGUAUUUGGUCUUUAGUUGUCAGCCUGUCAGUUUCCGAGAAGAGUAAAGGUUUUGCGGUGUACUGCAAAGGCUUUUAACUGCGGCUUUUUUGUCAAAAAGUUUGGAUGUUUGGUUCUAACCUUUCAAAGAUCCUGUGAAUUAUGUCUGUUCUCCAUGAGCAAGUCAGUUUUCUCGGACAUAAGCCAUCACUUCGAUAAUGAUGGUUACAGCAGUGACUAUUUAUAACAAGCGUACGAUGGACACGGAUUCGAUGAACUUAGGGAAUUUAGACCCCAGUCAGCUCAGCUCCUUCGCUUCAAACAUUUUUGAAUGUUAUUGAAAUAACAUACAUGUAAUGAAAAUGUUUUGGAAAAAAGAACAAGUGAAAGAAUUGUAAAUAGUUUGCCUUUUGUUUGUUUGAAGAACAAAAAAUAUUAAAUAAAAUAGCAUUUAACAGUG